AUGUCUUCCAACGGGCCUGAUGGUCAAGAAUUGCUGACAAACUACAUCGCGUACAUCCCUGAGGACGGCGUCGCCCAGUCGCGUAUCGGUCAUCUUGACCUCCAAAAGUCUACAAUCACACCGUUGGCAUAUCCCUCAGGUACACCGCUAUCGACUCUAUACGAAGUGAUCGAGGCGGAUGGCGCUGCCUUCAUACCCAGCGGCGAACCGGUCUCGCUCUCGUCGGUAAAGCUCUUGCCUCCGAUCAGUGGCCGGGACGUUCUUGCCGUCGGAAAGAACUACUCUGACCACGCGAAAGAGUUUAACGCUUCCGGCUAUGACGCCUCCGACAAAGUCGACAUGCCCUCUCACCCAGUCAUCUUCACCAAGCGUGCCACUAGCAUUAUUGCGAGCGGUGAGGAGAUUUAUCCCCACCCAGACUUUACACAGACCCUCGACUACGAGGGCGAGAUCGGCGUUAUUAUCGGGAAGGCAGGAUACAGGAUCGAACAGAAGGACGCCUGGAACCACGUCUGGGGGUAUACUAUCAUUAAUGACGUGACCGCUCGCGAGAAGCAGCGUGAUCAUAAGCAGUUCUACAUCGGCAAGUCGGCGGAUACGUUCUGUCCCAUGGGACCUAUUGCUGUACCUGCGAAGAAGCUGCAAGGUCCUCUUCGGGUACAGACUUACGUCAAUGGCGAAAAGCGCCAGGAGGGAGUCACGGAGCAGUUGAUCUUCUCCAUUCCCGUCCUGAUUGAGACUCUGAGCGGUGGUCAAACCCUCCAGCCAGGCGAUGUGAUUGCGACGGGAACACCUGCAGGCGUAGGCUUCGGCUUGAACCCUCCGACCUUCCUUAAGCCGGGAGAUGUCGUUGAAAUCUCGGUGACGGGUCUCGGCAAGCUGAGUAAUCGCGUGGGCAGCCCACAGAUGAGGAACUACACCAUUGACCGCGUAGCGGCGAAGUCGUCCAUUCCCACUUACAAUCUCGACAUCACUUCCGGUGGUAUAGGGCUUACCACUCUCAACAACAAGAAACUCUUCGUCAAAGAGGUUGGUAGUGGCGGCUCACCCAUCGUCUUCAUCCACGGUUUGGGCGGGACGAACGAGUUUUACGCGCCUCUAAUAAAGGUCUUGGACCUCGCGUCCAGUCACAAGCUGUACCUGGCAGAUUUAGAAGGUCACGGCCUUUCCCCAACCUCGGCGAGCUCUGUGGUCAACAUCGAGUCCUACGCGGCUGAUGUACUAGCUCUCAUCAACAAGUACGAAGUGCAGUCCCCGACCAUCAUCGCCCACUCCAUGGGUUGUUAUGUUGCUGAGUACAUCGCGACGCAUAACCCGUCAGCAGUCGGGAAGCUUGUCCUCCUGGGCCCACCACCUCCAGCGUUGGCUGAUGCGGGUCGGCAGGGCUCGCAUGCUCGCGCAGCCGCUGUGCGGAAGGGAGGAAUGAUUGCCGUCGCGGACACAAUCGUGGCUGCGGCUACGAGCGCUAAGACGCAAUCUUCGAAUCCCAUCGCUGUCAGUAUUGCUCGACUGUCCUUGCUGAGUCAGAAUCCCGAAGAUAAGGUUAGUCCACCUGAGAUGGCAAAGAAAUUGGGCGCAUCCAUAGCUGGAGGUGGUCGAACGGAAGUUCUUCCGGACGUCGCUCACUGGCAUAUCUAUGAGGACGUCGAGGGUGUAGCACAGCAUGUCAAGUCCUUCUUGUAG